AUGCAACCAGACGUGGUCGGAGUGCCGCAGCCCGACCCUGAGCAGAAGUCCAGUACAAUGGCCGCUCUCAAGACCACCCUCGUGCUGCUCCUCAUUGCCUUCGCGAUGUUGGCCUCCGUCGGCGCCGUCCGUGUGGGCCCCUGCGACCAGGUCUGCUCCCGCAUCGACGCUGAGAAGGACGAGUGCUGCAGAGCUCACGGGUACAGCGGGUACAACAGCUGCCGAGGCGGUAGAAUGGACUGUUACUGA